AGAGAGAAAUGAGUCAAAGCUAAAAGAAGUACUUUUGAAGCGCUUGUGAUUUUUCCUGAUAAUAAAAUACUAUAAACAUAAAUUUUGACCUGAAAAGUUUCCCAGAUCAUCUACUAAGCUAUCAGUACAAGUGUAAAGUGGAGUUAAGACGAAAAUCUUUGUGGAAAAGUGGAAAACAUAAAUUUUUCUGAAUUUGAAAACGAGUUUCAGAAAGCAAACCACACGUUCUAUUGUCUCAGCAAUCAACUUGAUAACAAUGGAAUUGGAAAAAAAAUUUGAUAUUCUCUCUGCUACUCUGAACAAAACAAUAGAAAAUUCUCUUGCACUGGGCCUCAAAUCAUUUGAAAGUCAACUUGAUGUCCUUCUCACUCAAAAAAUGGAUGCACUCGAUAAACGUCUAGAAGAAUCAUUCUCAAAGAAAAUGAACUCCUUGAAAGCUGAAAUGAAUAAAACUUGUAAUGAGGGUUUUGCUUCUUGUAGACGAAAGUACGAAAGGAAUAAUGCUAAGGUCGCUGAAAUAGAAAAGAAAAUCGACAAAAUCUCGGACAACGCUCGUAGAGCUUGUAAGCUCACUGUUAAUGGCAUUCCAUUCAAACAAGACGAAGACUUGAAAAAGAUUUUCAGUAUUUUAUCUUCACAUCUUGGUUAUUCUAAUCCACCUGAAGCCUCAAUUUAUCGUUUUAAAACCAAUGAUAGAAGAUCGAUAUGCAUGCAGUUUUCGACUGAAUUCCAUAAGAAUGAAUAUCUGUAUCGGUAUCUGAAAAAGGCAAUCGGAUUGACUCUGCAAAUUUUCCCGGAAUACGCAAGCAACAACACUCGAAUUUUCAUCCAGUCUGAUCUAACAUCACAACAGUAUAAAAUCAAUAAGGCAGCAAUCAAAUUGAAGAAGACUGGGGAAGUAAAGUUAAUUCGAAUCAUCGAAGGAAGUGUUAUGAUAAGCUUUGAUGGUGACAGUAAAUUCUACAGCUACGACUCCAUCGCUGAUUUUGAAGACGAGGUCAUUAAACGCAACCCAAAUGGAAAUUCCAAAGCUUCGAACGCCAUCGAAAAGAUAUGAAUCAAUUUUUUUUUUCUUUUUACUUUAAUCAUGAAUUGUUACUCUCAUAUAUCGAUGUUAUCUUUAUCAUUUUAGAUCUUUAUAAAAUUCAGGGAACUAAACGCUUUCAUCGACGGACUUUAACUCUUCUAAGUGAAUGUAGAACGGUAGUAUCACUUAAAGGGAGCGAGUCUGUGACUGGUCGGCUGAUUAUCGAUGUCAUGCGUCAAUGCUCUGAACAUAUGAAUUAUUUGGCCGCAGUUUGUGAAUCUUGUGAUCAUCGUCGUUUCUUCAUUGUCCUGGUGAGUCAUCAUAAAACCCUAAAAUUUUCCUUUUCCAUUCUUCUUUCCUUUAUGUUUAUGAAAUUUGUCGACCGAAUGCCAUCGGUGUUGCUCUCCUGCUCGCCGUCGUCAGGUUUUCAGUAUGUCUAGCGCUAGUGGUUCCUUAGGUGGACCUCACAAAAAUAAAAAAAUUGUUCUCAAAUCUGCACUCAAUGAAAGUAUAUUUAAUU